CUGCAGAUCAGCUUCAGCCCUGUGAUAUAGCACACAUGUUAUGAUGAACAAUGGCCAAUUAAGUUAAACACAUACUAAGAUCUGCAGAAAGUGGCUCAUUCAAAACUCAUUUUUCACAACUUUUUUUCAAUAGAAAAAACAGGUGAUGGCAAGUGGGGUGGAUCAAGGAUCGAGUUAUACUGCUACUGUGAACAUGACAUUAGUCAUCUGAAAUGUUAACGUAUUUUACAAAAAGGGUUGCCAAAAAUAUUUCUAUGAAGAAAAUGGAAAAAUGAGUAAAAUUGAAGAAACUACAAUGGACCAUUUAAAAAACAGACUGAAUCAAAUAUAGAAUCUGAUAAACCAAGACUUAUAAGGGUGCAAGGCAAAAAACACAAACCAGCAAAAAAUAAACUACAUGUAUAUGAGAUCAAGAGGAAUGUCUUAUUUCAAGAAAUGUCACUUUGUGGUUACAAGACUUCAAUGUAUUGGUUCCUAAUUCCCAUGCCAUAUAUUCAACAAUGACACAAAUGACAUACAUGUACAAACAAUUGAUGUUAAUGGGAAAAUAGUGAAAUUUUGGAGUGAUAUGUAAAAGAGGGUAGCUGCUAUUGUAAAAUGAGUAUUUAUAUUCACUACUUCAUCACCCCUCUAGUCCUAAUCUCUGCUAAGGAUUCUGAAUCCCUACCUAAUGACCUGCUAAGUACUUUUGUGAAACAGUAAGCUAGAGACACAAUCAAGAGUGGAUUCUUGUACUGUAUUUGUAAACCAUGACUUCACUUGUCAUGCCGACUGGCUGGAACGGAGAUUAGACUCAAUGAUUAGACGCAGAAAAUCUCAGUGAUUCAAUUAGAAGGGAAUUUAUUACUACAGCUACUUGUUGGCAAAUCAGAUGUAACUUCUGACAACAAGAAGUUUUUGGAUUCAGUGCAAAUAUUGGAGUUCAAAACAAUUUAGGACAGAAAAGAAAUGAUUCAAGUUUAGAUCCAGUGGGAAAGGUGAUUUUUAUCAUAAUAAUUAGUACUUGUCAAAUCCCGGAUAUUGACUUCUGAACUAAAAGGUAUGAACAUAUUGCAUAAUGUUAGGAAACUGAUUAAUUUAUGACUCGAUCGGAAAAAAUAUGCAAUAGAAUAUCAGUUGUACUUGAAAAAGACUUACGUGUACAUUGCGUAAGUUUCAAAACUGGCCAAUGGUCAUAUUUCAUUACAAACCAGUUGGAUGCGGAAAAUUAAAUUAGUAUUCGAACAGGUUGUCAAAACAAGUCAUAUAAAACUUCUUACUAUUGAGGUAAUAUACUCUGGACACUGGAUAAAAUAAAAUAAAUACUGAAUAAAAAACAUUUGAAUUCUAAAAUCUGAAAUCUGCAAGCUAUUGAAAAGUACUGGGAGCAUUUAUAUGCAACGGGCAACUCAGUGCUAAGUUUGGCACACAGACUGUCAACACCAGGUUAGAAGACGAGGAAGUAUUAGACUCCCACAUCCACUAAACACAGUAUAAUACAAUGGGAUUGUGGAUUAUAUGUAUUGGAGAAAUGAUGUUUUAUGAUUGAUCACUAGUGGUGGCUAAUUUAUACAGAUAUAUUUUGAGAAUAUCUAUUUUGGUAGUGUACAAAAGAAGACUGGAGUUGGUUGUUAUGUUUUAAAGGAAACUGGUAAUAUUAUUUUCCAUAUAACUUAGAAUUUGGGCAGUAAGAGAAGAUUCGAAACUGGCUACUAUUGCAGAUUAAGAAAGUAUAAAGUUUUGAUAGAGUAUAGGAUACAGGAAUAUUCUCAGUUGUGACUUUAUCUUUCAAAUGGCUUGCACAACUCAAGCAAAAAACUGAGAACUCUUCAAGUGGAGUAUAUAGGAUACCAGAGGACUGAAGAAUAAGAAUGGCUUGCCCAAGUGAGUGUAUAUGCUCCUGGAACAGCACUAAUGCCACAACUGACUGCUCUUCAAUGAACCUGUAUACAAUAAAUGGUGACAAUGUUGACAAUUCAACAACUUACCUGGACCUUAGCAACAACCACCUGACAGAGCUACCAGACCUGGAUGUACAAUAUAGUAGCCUGGUAACAAUAGAUGCGAGGCGUAACGGAGACCUGGUACACAUCCCGACAUGGGUCAGCAAUCUCGCAAAUCUGACCUCACUUCUAGUCGAUAAAGGAUCCACAUGUUGUGUACUUGAAAAAGAAAUGUUAGCACAAAAUGGAACAUUGGGUAAACACUGGGUAGAAACAGUGUGUCAACCUACUGUACCAAACACAGAGUGCACUGACCAUCUCCUAGAUAUCUUUACCUUGGUACUGUAUGGCUUAGUGGCUGCAGCCUCCUUCAUCAUAAACACAUGGGUACUGGUGGUCCUCUAUGGUACAAAGAACAGACGUACAACCCCUACACAGCUACUUAUGGGCCAAUUCCCUGUCUCCAACCUACUAAUGACUUUCUAUACUGUUGUCUUACUAGAGAGAAGCGUCUCAUUCUACAAUGAAUAUCAUUAUCACCAGGAAUCGUGGAUUCACAGUCAGUUGUGUACAUUAUGUGGAUUCAUUUUCAUCACAUCAAAUCUCAUGUCUACCCAGUUAUAUUUAUUGACAAUCAUAGAAAUGUAUAUCAAGAUCGCAUUUCCCUUUAAAGAUCAUUUACAUUUGACAGGCAAAAAAUUAAACUAUGCGAUUCUGAUAUUGUGGAUUAUAUCAUUGUCUGUCGCAACGCUUCCAUUGUUUAAGAGUGUUCGAAUUGGAAUGUAUAACGUCACAAGCAUGUGUAUACCUGUCUAUAGUGGAACACUGUUUGGGUUAGAGACUAAUAUAUGGCUGAGGAUAUAUGCCAGUAUAUUAACACUUUGCUUUGAGACUAUUGUUGUGUUACUCAUACUUUUACUGAGAUCUGUGAGUCACCAACGUCAUUCGAAUACACUCACGCAGGAGAACAGACGAUUGGUUUACAACGUAAUAUUUAUGAUCGCAAUCCAUAUCGUAUUAUGGUCAGUGCUCCUCAUAUGUCUCUUCAUGUCAACGUUCGGAACUGGAGAACUAGGAUACUAUGGACGUAUAGGAUUUUCUCGACUUGCGGUUCUUGAGACUAUUCUCAAUGUUACUGUGUAUAUUAUACGUAAAAGAACAUUUCAAGAAGACACAAAACGAUUCAUUAAAUUAUUUUUUGAAAAAAUAAGGUGUACCUCAGUUUUAUGAUGUUGCCCACGAUAAAUGUGUCUACGCACAAGGAAAGCAUUAUACAUGUACUGUAAAUGAAAAUACUUUAUGAAAUUAUAAUAUUUAGAUAAAAUAUCAUGCCAAUUAAAAAUGGAAAUUGUUUAUUUAUAAUAUCUAUCAUUUUUAGUUGAAUGUAUUUUUGUCACAAUCAAGGGUAAAUAAAUAUUAAAUAUAUGAAUAUGUCCCAUCUUGUUUGAAAAAUAUUGUCAAG